CUCUGGUUCCCCUGGCUCGGCCGGCCGGUGCCUCGGCCCCUUUCCUCCCACCGGCCUUUGCCGCCCACCAGGUCGCUCCUUCAGCCCCCUGGCCGCCAUGGAGCAGCCGCCGGCGCCCAAAAGUAAGCUAAAAAAGCUGAGUGAAGAUAGUUUGACUAAGCAGCCUGAGGAAGUUUUUGAUGUGUUAGAGAAACUGGGAGAAGGGUCUUAUGGAAGUGUAUUUAAAGCAAUACAUAAGGAAUCUGGUCAAGUUGUGGCAAUUAAACAAGUACCUGUUGAGUCAGAUCUGCAGGAAAUAAUCAAAGAAAUUUCCAUAAUGCAGCAAUGUGACAGCCCAUAUGUUGUAAAGUACUAUGGCAGUUACUUUAAGAACACAGACCUCUGGAUUGUUAUGGAGUACUGUGGAGCUGGCUCUGUCUCGGACAUAAUUAGAUUACGAAACAAAACAUUAACAGAAGAUGAAAUUGCUACUAUUCUUAAAUCUACUUUGAAAGGACUGGAAUAUUUACACUUUAUGAGAAAAAUACACAGAGAUAUAAAAGCUGGAAAUAUUCUCCUCAACACAGAAGGACAUGCAAAAUUGGCAGAUUUUGGAGUGGCUGGUCAGUUAACAGAUACAAUGGCAAAACGCAAUACUGUGAUAGGAACUCCAUUUUGGAUGGCUCCUGAGGUAAUUCAAGAAAUAGGCUAUAACUGUGUGGCUGACAUCUGGUCCCUUGGCAUUACUUCUAUAGAAAUGGCCGAAGGAAAGCCUCCUUAUGCUGAUAUACAUCCAAUGAGGCAUCCUUUUAUCAAGAAUGCAAAACCUGUAUCAAUUUUAAGAGACCUGAUCACAGAAGCUAUGGAGAUCAAAGCUAAGAGACAUGAAGAACAGCAGCGAGAAUUGGAAGAGGAAGAAGAAAAUUCGGAUGAAGAUGAGCUGGAUUCCCACACCAUGGUGAAGACUAGUUCGGAAAGCGUGGGCACGAUGCGGGCCACCAGCACGAUGAGUGAGGGGGCCCAGACCAUGAUUGAACAUAAUAGCACGAUGUUAGAAUCUGACUUGGGGACCAUGGUUAUAAACAGUGAGGAUGAGGAAGAAGAAGAUGGAACUAUGAAAAGAAAUGCAACUUCACCACAAGUACAAAGACCAUCAUUCAUGGACUACUUUGAUAAACAGGACUUCAAGAAUAAGAGUCAUGAAAACUGUAAUCAGAACAUGCAUGAACCCUUCCCUAUGUCCAAAAAUGUUUUUCCUGAUAACUGGAAAGUUCCUCAAGAUGGAGACUUUGACUUUUUAAAAAAUCUAAGUUUAGAAGAACUACAGAUGCGGUUAAAAGCGCUGGACCCCAUGAUGGAACGAGAAAUAGAAGAGCUUCGUCAAAGAUACACUGCAAAAAGACAGCCCAUUCUGGAUGCGAUGGAUGCGAAGAAAAGAAGGCAGCAAAACUUUUGAGUCUAAUUUCUUCUCUGUUUCUGUAACUAUUCUGGAGACCAAGAAACCACUAAGAAUUGAAGGAAUACUAUGAUUUUUUUUUUUAAUCCCUAAGAUUUGUGCUCUCCAACUAGGCAGUGGUCAAAAACUGAUGAUGGUACAUACCCAGGUAAAUUCCCCAAAGGCAGAAUUUACAACUGUAGCCACUGUGUUUUCAAUUUUAAAGGAUGAAAACAACAGAAAUGUAUUCUUCUCUGUAUGUCAGCUGCAUACCAGCAGUAAAAGUAUGUUACAAAACGAAGGCUGUGUUUAGAGACCUUGAAAAUCCAAAGCUAUUGUUUAAUUGUACAGCACUGAAGGGCUUUAUGUUACAAUAUUCUUUAUUCUUAUCUAGUAGCCUAUUUAUUGUAUCCCCUUAGGUAAACUUAUUUAUUUAUGCUAUUUCACUUUGUUUUGUUUUUUAAGGACAAGAUCAGGAUAGCUUUGGUGAAGGUAGGGACUUAUUAAGAGAUGAUAAUGUACAACCAAAUUAUACUUUAAGCAGGGAGCUCUGGGGUACUUUCCUUGAUUUCCAGGAUAGUUUUCCAAUAGAAGCAAAGCAAUAAUAGCAAUAGUACCCAAAUGGGCCAGUCAUAUUUUAUACUGAAGCAAUAAUUCCAUUUUUACCUACUGAAAUUUUGUUUAAUAUUUUUGCUUUUGAUGUUUGAUACAAAAUAGAACUAUAUAUAUUUAGGUCAGACGGAGCUGUAAUGUUUAAAACCAAAGAAAUCAAUGGAACCCUUGCACAAAAAAAGUGUGGUAAAUAUUUUAAAAGAGAUAAAUUCAUAAGGCAAAUGUAAUUUGUUAAUAUUGUUUCAUGUGCAGGUCUGAUAGCUAAACUGUAUCAAACUUAAGCUCAUCAGAUUCAUUUCUGUGAAAGCGUGCUCAAUUGUCACAGGAUUUUUUUGUUGAUUUCAUUUAUUUCCUGGGAAUUGAUAAACAUCAUGUGCCUGACGAUAACAGAACAGCAGAAACAUUUGUACUGAACUGUGCAAGCCUUGGGGACUGAAAAAAAGAUUAAAACCAUUAAAAAGAAACUCAUUUCUAAGCUGAGUGAACAUUUGCGUGAUUGAACUGGGACCAGUCAUUUCCAUAUGGCCAUCUUGACAUAUGUUUGUUCUUUUGUGUGUUUAAUUACUAUGUGUAUAUCGUAAAGACAAAUAAAUUUUACUGUGCCACCCAGCA